CCCCGCACCGGGCCGAGACCCCGCACCGAGCCGUGACCCCGCACCGGGCCGAGACCCCGCACCGAGCCGUGACCCCGCACCGGGCCGAGAUCCCGCACCGAGCCGAGACUCCGCACCGGGCCGAGACCCCGCUCCGGGCCUCGCAGCCCCUCCUGCGCUCUACUCCAGCUGUCGGAAGCCUUGUCCUGCCCGCUAGAAGGGAUCGCUGCUCCGUAGCGCCUCGUUUGGUUUGUACAGGCGCCCGAAGAUGAUCGCUAAGACCGCCAUAGAUCGAAUUAUUGGCAAGGGCGGCCUAAAGUCGGGCAGAGCUGACAGUGGGCUCGAGAAGGGCGAGCGGGAGGGCGCUGCCUUGCGAAAAUACACGGAGGAAGCGGCCACAGGCAAGGGCAAGAUGACGGAGGCGGAGAGGAGCGGGCUGCUCCAGAAAAUACUUUCCCUUGAGAAAGAAAAAGAAAAAUACAACCAUCUUCUUGGAGAGAAGGACAGAGAAAUCCAAAACCUGAAAGACAAGCUGAGGUCGAAAACCAAGAAUAGUGAAGUCUCCUUAUUACAAAAUCAACUAGAGGAAAAAACAAAGGAAGCAGAAAGGAGAGAACAGUUACUUUGUUCUCUGUCAGAAGAAAUUAACCGGUUAAAAUGUAAUUUAUCUGCAGCCAUGGCAAAAUGCUCUGAUCUUGAGAACAAAGCCAGUAGUACUUCUCAGGCAUCCCAGGAAGCUGCAACAAACAGCACUGAAAUUGAAAGACAAUUGAAAGAUGCUCUUGAGAAAAACCAGCAGUGGCUACUGUAUGACCAGCAACGGGAAGCAUAUGUCAGGGGAUUGCUUGGAAGGAUCUUUGAACUUGAACAGAAGGCAGAAAUAGUUAGCCAGCAAGAAUCUAAAUCAAAUUCAGAAGGUCAUCUGCAAGAGGAAAAGCAAGAACACUAUGACCAGCUGUUACUAACUGCAAAGAGUGAUCCUGAGACUGAAAGACGCAGUAUGACCCAGCUGAUAGCUGAACUUAAUGAACUUAAAAAGGCAUAUGAAGAAACACAAGGGGAAAUGAUGAGUUUAAAUGCCUUGCUGCAGUCACAACGGGUUGCUGAAAUGAGGACUCAAGAAAAUGAAAAUAAAAUUAAAGAGAAAGCACAAAGACUAAAACAAGAAAAUGAAACUAUCAAAGAACAGCUCAGAGAAGAAAAAGAAAAGUCAGAAAAUCUUUUAUGUCAGGUGCAACUUCUUCGUAAAUCUUUGCUCAGACAGGAGGCAGAACACACAAGAAUAACUUUGUUGGAACAACAGCUCCAGAUCUGCACCACAGACCUAGAGAAUGGAAAGCUCGAUCGCCAGAACCUGAAGCAGGAGUUAAACCACGUGCUCAAGGAGCUGCGCAAGGCCAAGGAGAAAAUCACGCGUCUGGAACCGCUGAAACUCCGGGAAUCUGGACAUAUGGGAUCACAAGAAGAUUUGCAAGCUGCAUUUGACAAGAAGCUGACCACAUAUGACAGAAGUCCUCCCCUGAAACAUUCCAGCUGCCUUGAUGAAAGUUUUCUGGAGUGUCCCAAAUGUAAAGAGCCAUAUCCAACAAGCCGGCACAGAGAAUUGCUAGCACACAUUGACUUCUGUACAGCUUGAGCUCCAAAUGGACCUUCUGUCUUUGCUUCAUGUAUGCUGCCAAUAUACUUGGCAAAAGAUCUUUUAAAGCUUUUUUCUUUCAGUUGUAUAAACCACAAAAUGGUAGGUCAGUUCCACAAAAACAGUAUUACCAUUAUAAUUUGGCCUCAGUAUUUUACCUCAUGUUUUUGCAAAACAGCUACUGCAUUUUCUAACUGCAAACAGAAAUAUUUUUAAAAUUGGGAAUAUUUUAAAUAGUAAACUACUGACUUUUUCUUUUUGCACUAUUAAAUGUAAGAAUAGCACAAUUAUUGUAUCAGACUAUAUUUUAGUUUUGGUAUACUCCAUUCUUGGUUGUUGAAUCCUGAUGAUUGUGCUUGUACCUUAACUGACAAGAAUAGCUGCAAAAGAUUUUUGGCCCUUGGAGGUGCACUAUAUCUAUUUAUUUAUACAUGGUGUGUGUAUAUAUGUGUAGUGUGUGUAGUAUAUACAUACAUGGGUUAUAUAUCAUAUGUAUGUGGAAUAUAUCAACAUCUCGAUACAUAAAAACUCAGGAGGGCCAUGUUAGAUCUUCGCUGCUUAAGAUUGAUGUUCAAAACUUCAGUCUUAAGUAGCUGAUUAUCCUUGAACCACCAUCAGGGGUGACUAAAAUGCUGACCAAAGUUUAAUCUCAGAAAAAAACAACUUCCAGCAAACAAACUUCCUUGGUGUCAAAGAAAGUUUGUAUUUCAGACAAUGUCAGAGGCCAUUUUUGAAUUUUCAAUAUAAAAUUACGCUGAAUUAAACUUGUUUUGCUGCUGUGUUUUAGAGGUUAAAGUUGGGAAAUGUCAGUAAUUCAACCUUAGAUUUGACAAAUGACCCAAAGUGCAGUUUUUUAACAAAUUACUCCAGUGGAUUUGAAGUGUCACUGUAUUUUGGUAUUAAUACAAAACACAAGUUAAUAACAAAUUCUGGCAACAAAUUAGAAACUGGCAAAAAAAAAUCCCUCAUGGAUUUGCAAUUGCAGUGUUAUUUUUCUCUAGCACCUACUGUAAACUUGAAUGUGUUGUGAGCAUUUUGUUCCUUGUGUAUGAAGUCUCAACAAGAAGUUACUUGCACGGAAAUUAUUAAAAUAGGGAAAAUUUACAAAGAUACACUAGUUAAGAAUAAAUUUGCUCAUUUUACAAAUUUGUGGUUUGCUAAGGACACACAAGAACUCAAGGUGUAUCUUUCUCUGGCCUGCUGAUUCUGCUAGCUGGUAUCAGCUUUCUCCACCAUGCUUUGCUGCAAAACUGCAUUCAUUUACUCCAUAAUGUUCUCCUUAAUCCCUUAAAUCUUAUUCUUAAAUAUGAAGAUGUUUUCCAAGUUAUUGAAAAUAACUGAUAGUAUCUAGUGAUGUUACUCUCAAUUAAAUCCGGUGUUCUUGAGACAGAAAAUAUUAAAAGGUAUUAUCUUCAUAUCUGAAAUAUCUCUGCCAGAUUUAUUAUAUUAGCCACUCUCUAUCCACUUUUCAAUUUCACUGGCUAUGACUCAGGCAAUCUUUGUAUUUGACAAUUUGCUCAAUUGCUAGCAACAGGUUUUCUGACCAAAGAUAUGAUAAGCUAAUGAGUAAAACAGAAAUUGUGCUUCAGAAUCUCCAGGUUUUGCCAUGAGGGAAAUUGUCUUAAUUUCAUAUAGUCUUAAAAACCUUUUAGUCCAGGAGAAUAACUAUGCUCUUCAUUGCAGCCUAAUAAUUUUAAUCUCUAAUUAAACUACUUUUGAAAGUUUAAGGUUGUCUUUUAACAACACCUUAAUCAGCUAGUAUUCUAUUCCCAGCUGCAUACUCAGCAUAGUUUCUGCAAAAGGAAAUCCUGAUCUUUUAUGUAUUAUAAAUGAAAUAGGUUUGCCUACUCCAGGUCAGCACUCUUCAGUAGUUCUGAGGCUUUCUUAAAUUAGCAAAAAACACUUCUACAUUAGAAACUGGUACUGUAGAGGAAGACUCAGAAAGUUCAUAAUGUGAUAAUAUAAAAAGUUUUGUUCAUUCCACUUUUCUGAACUUUAACAAUGGAUUUAGUCCUACCUGAUAAGUAUUACACCUAAGCACAAAAAAUCCCCAUGCUGAUAAACUUAUACAGGUCAUUGUUGUGGUAUAUGUUGCAAAAUACCAAAAUGACAUUCCAGUGAAGUAAAACGCUUCCUUUAAAAAGCAGACCCACAAAUACUAUUGUCAUCACCUACAUGUAAUUAAAACCAGCUAUAAAACUCCAACUUCAUAAGGUAUGCAGAUCAUAUCACUGCUUUUUUUCCAUUCCUUAGAAGCUAAGAAAUCUCAGAUUUUUUUUUCCUGAAAGCUAACAAAGGAGAUCUGCUGCUCCUCUCUUUAGUUACAUGUGGAAAAGAGAAGCCUGUGCCUAAUGUGCUCGCUUUGGUGGUAAGAAUUAAUUAGCUGUAAGUAUAGUUCUUUGUAAGGCAGGAAGCAACAGCAAUGUUUUCAUCACUUCAAGCACUUUGGUUUACAAUUUCAGGAGCCUUUUUCUGUUAUGUCCCUUUCAAGUAAUUGAAUUUCAAUCUACUAGAAAGACUGCGUUAUUGGAAGCUGUUGAUCUUCCCAAGGGAAGCUUGGGGGCUAAUACAGUGGUUUACCAAUAGUAGCAUAUUUAUAAAUCCCAGCUUUCACACUGUUCUUUUUAAACAGCAAUUAAAUGGUUUUGAUGGAAUGAUGGGUGGCUGGAAAACUGUGGAGCUAAAACUCCACAUUUUUUUUCCAUAAGGAGAGCUGCUUGUGAAAUAGAAACUGAAAGAUCUCUGUUAUUUUUCUUAGAUCCAUGAAUCAACGUCUAAUACUCUAUUUGCUUGUGUAGCUUUAAGUCUCAGUUUUGAUAACCAUCUUUCACAUGGUUAUGUUGAUUUUGAGUACUCUUGUACUUCAAGAACAAUUCAGACUAAUAUGAAUAUAGUAGAAGUCCUUCAGAUUUCUGAUCAAAUUCAUGGAAGAACCAAGCUUAUCCAGUCUAGAAAAAAAACAUGAAAAGUGACAAAAAUUCAUACAGGGGAAAGAAAAAUAAGUCUUGCAAUGCUCAAUGAGAAGAGUAACAUGUUCAAAACUGCAACAGAAAAGGAAAAUCUUUCUGGUGGUUGGAGUAGAUGAGCAGUGAAGCACAUUGCUUACAGAGGCUGUAAAAUGUCCACCACUGGAGACUUAUGGGGACACUUACAUAACUACCUAAACCAUCCCAGAUGAAGCUGCCUUGGCUCAGGGACAUCAGCCACUGAUUUCUCUCAGUGCCUUGAAGCCCUGUUUUUAAUGGCACAUAAAGACCUGUGAGGAAAAACAACACAAUAAGAUUUAAAUAAAAAAGCCACAAUGGUUCUUCUGCACUGACCCUUCAUCUUCUUUAAUGAAAUAACACUACAUGCUAAAUUAGGAGCUACUGCACUGAAGUCAUUAAAACAGCUUAAUGUCAUGUUUCUCAACAAGAAAAUUACUGGUAUUCCUAUGUCUGUAUGAACUUGUAGUCUAAGCAGACAUAGAAUACUGCUUCAAAUCAAUACUUGCACUCAUGCAUCACUAUCCUGCUGAAAAACAAGAUAAAUGCCACAAGUACAACUUGAUGUUACUUAAUUCCUGAUUAUUGGGAAAUGCAUCACUCCCACAUUGUUUUAACAAACAGCACCACAGUCCCUCACAUCCAGCCCCCUUCAGACUGGAACAGAGUUCCCCACCAGUAAUCAGGGACAGAUACUCAUUUGGUGGUCUCUAUGACCAACCAAAAUUUUCAGUAUUUUAUACCGAAUUAUUAGUUCCAAAAAAGAUAGACCAAGAUAAGAUGUUUCAAAAUAUCCUGUAAGAAAGAAGCCUGGGACCUUAUCAUGGUAAUAUCCAGAUGUCUUCUUGAUGGAAGAUGGAAGUUUAAUUUCCCUCAUCAAUUCAAAACUGGUGAAUGUGCACACUGUGCCAGUGAAAGUGACAGUUUUAUCCAUGUAACAGGCUUGACAGGGUCGGUAUUAUCUCAUGCCAACUAGACAGAAAACUCUACAGCCUAGUUAAGGCAUACAGGCUUUCUCAGUUUAUAGGAAGCUCCAAGUCACAUCUUAUCAGUCAUCUCAAAUGGCCACUGAUAAUGAAAACCAUAAACCGUGUGGGAAAUAACAUGAGUAGCAUUACAUUAGGGAAGCCAGAAGGGUUUACAGCAGAAUUUAAGGCAUUAUUUGAACUUUCAUUGCUUUUACAGGAUUGAUUUUUCUGUUUCUCGAGCCCUAGCUCAAUACUAGCUAAGGAAAAGCCUGACAAUACAGACAGAUGUUCUUUGCAGCAGACAGGCACUGUAGACCUUAGUUCAGAAAUACGUGGCUUUUCAAAGUAAAGCUGCUAUCACAAUUUGGAGCUGAAGAACCCCUGUUGCUCCCAACAAGUUACUCUUCUAAGAUGAGACACCAGGGAAAGGAAAAGGAUGAUUCUCCCUAAACAUAAUUAAUAAGAGCAUUCUUUAAUCACUGGGUUCUUGACUAUGAGAGGAAACAAUGGUAUCUGUGAUCUCUGCACAGUGUACAACCCAGCAGACCAAUGUGUUCAGGGAAUGUCUGAGUACAUCUCCUGAGCAUGAGAGGCUGGUGACAAGUUUCAUUUGUAAAUCCUUCAGAAUAAAUUCACCACCGUUUUUGAUUCGAUGUCUCCACAUCAAAGCUCAUUAGCAGGAAUGGAAGUAACCUUAUGCACACCUGAAAGUUAAGCAAAGGUCCAGUGGCACUUUAACAUCCAACUCUGCAAAAAACUCACUCAAGGUCUCAGUUCCUUGGUAAGAGUGUUCUACCAGAUCCUGCAUUGUCCAAACAAACCACUCUGAUAUUCUGUAUUCACUGAUCAACUCCCUAAAUCCAUGGGCUAAAUGUGUAACACAGUUUCCAAACCUCAUUUAGUUAUAAGAGUUUAGCUGGAGCUGAGCCACUCUGGUGAAGCUUAGUUAACAUGCAGCAAAACAGAAAACGUGGCCAUCCAGGGGAAGUCUAUGUUACAUGAAUUACGUUCUUAAUUUGCACUUGGUUCAGAGAGAAAUCCCUUCCUUACUGCAAGCCAAAAUGCUGACGCUGGCAAAACUUCUGGUGGUUUUAAUGACUAAAAGCUGACCCAGCUUUUAUUAGAAAGCACAUCUGACAGUGUUAUUGGCAGCUCUGCUUUUGGCUGAGGCCUUGGUCAGUAAUGCUGCUGCUACAGUUUGAAACUAUGGCGCCACUGGCACUUAUCCCAGGAGGCAUGCCAGCUUCUGAUGGGUACUGACCACAGCAAAAUGAGACUUCCCAGAAGAAACAGUGACUUGCUCAUGUCCCAGAACAAACAGGAAUUAGUUUUUGACAUGAUGACAUAAGUGAAGCAUCUAGCUAUUUUCAGAGGACACAGGAAUGUGUGAGCUUGCUUCUAUAUGUAAACAAACAGAUGUAUUUAUAUUAGCACCAAAAGUUUAAUACUGUCCCUCACAUAUUGGUGUAAGCACUUUGGCUCACUAAUAUGAAAGUAUGAAAUGGGUGAGCAGUUAGAAAACUUCCUAAAAAACAAAAUCAAACAGACUUGUAUUUGAAACAUACCUUACAAUGGUAUAAGAGCUUCUAAGCACAGGAUUCAUAGUAUCUAGAAGCAGAACAGCUGCAGUGUGAUAUGUAAGAGCAAAAAUGAAAAUAGAAAGCUAACCUUGGUUGAAACUUAUGAUAAAAAUCUUGUGCAGACAUAUGAGUCAUCUACAAGCUUGCAACCUCUCUUGUGAAGACAGAUAUAACAUCUCUAAUGAAAUUAAUUUACAUCACUUAGCAAACAUUAAAUGUGCAAUACACCUGUUACAGAAGUCAGUGCUAUUUACCCAGUGUGAUACAGGUGCAGAAAAAUACACCCAAAGACUUAAAACACCAAUCUACAUGCAAGAAGAUGCAUAAAUAAGGCAAAAACCUUUACUAGAUCAUGUCCAAAUGGAACAAGAACUCCCAUGUCCCAGACUCACCUACCCAAGUGGUCCCUCUCUCUGGGGAUAUUUCUUAAUGCUCAAGAUAUAAAGAAGCUGAUCAAUCCCCAUCUGUCACGACAGUUCAUGGUUUCCAGGGGAACAAUCUGAAAAGCAGAGCUUGACUAAUGGUAUCAGGUAACACAGCCCUUAUCUGAAACAGAAGUCCAAACCUUGGGCUCUCAUUAGGGAUGAGGAAAACACCCAUGAAAAAAGAAACAAGAUUAUUCCCUGCUAGGUUAGGCAAACCUGCUCCACAGAGGUCUCUGCAGCUUUCAUUUAACUUAGAGCAAUGAAAUCUGAGCUGACUCCAUGUUUGACUCUGAGCAUUAAAGCAAACAUAGGUUAAAAAAAAUUAUAUAGGUUAAGCAAUCCUAACAGGUUUCCAGGCAUUCUGUUAAUCACUUCCUUGUCACAAUCACGUGGUGCACAUACCACACACAGCAUCCACCUAUUACAGUAAACCAGAGUAGCUCCAUGGAGGUUACGACUCCUCUCUUCCUCAGAUUUCAUGUUGUGAUGGUUGCUAUGAUUAGACCUACCCAACUGCAAAUACAACUUUUGUACUUCAUGGGAGGGAAACGAAAGUUACUCUUCUAGAUAAUGGAUCCAUUAGACCCAUGAGUAAUUAGACGAUUUUUGCUCCUGCAAGGAGCCCCCACUUGUUUUAUCAAACCUGAUGGAAACGAGCAUUUUUCUUCACACCUCUGCUGUCCCCAGUCACAGGAUUUGGUAGACAGGUCAGUGUGAAGCUCACUCACUAACAGCACACUAAAAGCAGCAUUUUACUUUGGUUCUCAUGAGCAAACCACAGGUUUAUGUCAAGUAAGGUUCUCACUCACACCUAAGGACCAAAGCUAAAGGUGAUCCUUUCUAAAGAAGAUCAAAGAUCUACCCAGACACUUCCACACAUCAUCUCAUUUUCAAACCUUCUUCUCCUCUGGCACUCCUUUCCUGACUAGAUGUAUCUUCAUUUGUUCAAUAAUGCAGCUUUGGAUGCUUCAUUCCCUGUUUCCUUUCCACUAUUCUGUUUCAAAUAUGUUUACUUUUACCCUGAAUUGACAGGACCAGAUUCUAAUUUAACUUUCCACUAAGCUAAAGAUUUUCUUCAUCAUAAAAUUUUCAUUAUUCUGUGCUACCAUUUCCAGCUACCCCACCUCCGCUCUCCCUGUCCUCUUAAUGCCUCCCAAGUUUUCACACAGGUAAAACCAGACUAUUAAAGAGAGCUCUUUCCCAAAUCCCUGCUGCUGUUUAGAGCUGACUACACCACUACUACUGCCAGCUGCCCAGAAUUUUGAGGCUAGUCCGUCAGGCUUUUAAAAAGUCCCAGACCUAUGAGGUUGUGGCAACUGGAAGGUCUUGCUAUAUUUCAAGAUUCACUAAUCAUUUUAAAGAAUCAUUUCAUAGCAGAGCCAACAUAAAUUGUGGCUAGAUAUGCCAAGUGUUGAUCAUAAAUACUAAUAAAAAAUCAGUAGGUCUAUGAAAUUUACUGAAUU